AUGUUAUCUGCUACAUUUACUGCAGCCAAUUUCCGUAACCGUUCACUGUCUCACAAUUCAAUUAUUAACAAAAAUAAUCAAGUAAAUCAGCAAAAUAUUUUAAAUAAAGAAAAUGACUUAUUCCGGCUCAGAACAGAAUGUUGUUUUGACAAACAAUUAUUGCCUUCUUCAAAAAAUACCAUUGCUUUAUCUUCAUCGUUACCAUCACAAUUAGCAAAAAAUAAAUACAUGUCAAAAUCUUGGGCAAAAAAGGAGGGAUGUGUUAAAAAGGAAUUAAGGGGUAUCUUACAAUUUAAUUAUUAA